AUGAAUUAAAUUAAGAUUGAGGAGGAGAGUUCUUUAAACUUUGAUCCGUUUCGCAUACCAGCCAACAUUGAUUUAGCCAAAAUUCAUUAGGUAAGCUCAAUUACUAAUUAGAAAGCAUCCAUGUGUGGAGAGAAUGAGGAAAAAUCAGAUCAUUGCCCAUGCUGUGGAUAACAUGUAUAAUAAAAAGAAAUUUCAUUAUGUUAAAAUAGAUUGGAUUUGGCAUUUUUGGGUUAAGGGAUGCCUUUAUUUUUUGAAAUGACCCAGUAAUUGACUUUAUUGGCUUGUGUUUUAUUUAUAAUUCUUGGGAUACCAUGUCUAAUAACUAAUAUUAAAAAUCAUGACUGUAUUGCGGAAGACAAUUAGUUUUAUCAAAUUUCAUUAAAUGGACUUUGUAAUGAAAAUUGUCCAUAAAAUUCAACUGAUUUUUUAUCGAUCACAAAAUUGACUCACUCAAAUGAAUGCAAGACUAUUUGUGCUAAAAUUUUAGAUAUUUGUCUUGAAACAUCAGUUAUGUAGAUGUCAUUUGCAAACAAACAGUUCGAUGAGACAUCUAAAUUUGUCUAGUCUAUUCUAGUUUUGUGUAGUAUUUUAGUUUUUAAGUUUGCGAUGAUUAGAAUCAGGAUAUCACAAAGAAACACUGCAAGAGUUUGUGAUUAAGAAUUUGUUUCUCCUUCUGAUUUCACAGCCAUGUUGACAAACUUACCAAGAAAUGAAUACAAUGAAGCGGAAUUAAAGGACGCAUUGUUAGAUUUUUGUUAUUAAUUUGAUGACAAAGGGCGAUACGAAAUCAUUAAAAUAAUAAUAGCAUAUGAUAUUACUUCAUUUGUUUAAUGCAGUAGGGAAAAGAUGUGUUUGGAAAAAAAGAUAGAAAAAAUAGAAAAUUAUUAUAAAUCCUAUCAUCGAUAUCCACGUUCUUUGAAGAACAAUUAUCUCAGUAGUUUGAAACAAAGGAUUAUUUUCCUUGGUGAAAAAUUAUCGCGAAUUGAAAGUGAAGUUGAAAAAUAAUAAUAUGCACACUAAACUUAGGUUGCAUUUGUGACUUUCUAAACUAAAGAAUAAUUGCAAUCAGUUUUAGAUUAAACUAAACUAUCAUACUGGGAAGGAGUGUGGAUUCGAUUCAAAUAUUACUUCAUCAAUCAACAAGAUCGAAGAGGCUUCUAUUUUAAAAAUCGAAUUAUCAUAUUUUGCAGAGCUCCUGAACCAAACGAUGUCUUUUGGGAGAACUGUGGGUUUAAUUUCCAGUAUCAAAUACAAAAAAGAAUAUUAAAUUUCUUUAUUACGAUAUUCAUAUUAGCAGCUUCCUUCACAAUUUUACUAGGCUUAAAUAUCUUAUAAAGUCAAAAUCUCUCUUCCUUUGAUGAUGCUAUAAUGAUAUUUGUAACUCUGGUUAUUUCAUUAAUAAUCACAGUUAUAAAUUAGAUAAUUUAUCACGUAAUUAAAUUGCUAGGAUAAUCGGAAAAGCAUUUCACAAAAACUCACCAUGAUGUUUCAGUUGCAACUAAAUUGGCAAUUGUUUAAUUUUUUAAUUCAGGAAUCUUCACCAAAGUUAUUAAUAUUUUAGUCUAUAAUUUUCAAAACGAAAAUCCUGAUGCUCAUGCAGCAACGUAUGCCUACUCUAGAUAAGGGGGAGUAAUUUCAGACGCAUUCUUUUUGUUGAUUGUGAAUUCAUUCCUUGUUCCUAUUUUUGCCUAUUUGGAUCCACUCUACCUCUAUAAAUUAUAUCAGUAAUACUUCUUCAAAGUUGAUAAUACUUUCAAUUAGAUAGAAGCUAAUAGAAUAUUUGAAGGACCUUCUGUACUUUUGUAUGAACAUUAUUCAUAUGUUUGCUUGUCUCUUUGGAUCUCCUUACUAUUUGCUCCUUUAUUACCAAUAUCCUUGCUAUUUUGCAGUUCUGGAUUACUUCUGUACUAUUGGAUAUAGAAGUAUCUAUUGCUAAGAAGAAAUUGCAAACCUCCUUUUUAAAGUUUUCAUUUAAAUCGAGAAAUGAUGAACUUAUUUGAAUUAAGUCCUAUCAUUUUGGCUGUUGGCUAAAUAUGGACAGAUUACAUUUUUAGUUCAAGUUCAAUUAUAUUGACAAUAAAUUUUAUCAGUUUGGGGUUCUCUUGUCUAGAAUUAAUCACUCCAGCUACUAGAAUCAGUAAAUUAUUUGAUAGAAAGGAUAAUCUAUAUACUGAGAAGGAUAGAUACUAGGAUGUCUUUUUAAAACUGCCAACAGAUUAUGAUAGAACCAACCCAUUGACUUAACAAAAUGCAAUCUUGGAAUUCAUUAAAGCAAAAACCUUAAAAGAUAGUAAUUACAAAUAGCCUUAAGUUAUGGACACCAAAACAGCAUUAUAUAAAUAUAUUUAAACUGGAGGAGUUCAGUUUAUGAAAAAUACCGUUGCAUUAAAGCUUAAAAUUUCCAUGAUGAGAAAAAUCAAACUAAUAAGAUAAGCUCGUUAGUUAGGUGCUAUGGCUUUGCAGUAAUGUGAUGAGGAGAUCUCUUAAGAUUAACAAGAACCAAUCUAUACUUAAGCACCAGAAUACAUAAUAGUAGAAUUCACUUAUUAAUUCUACUCAUGA